CUACCACAAAUACCCCUGCCGCGGCGCCGGGCCUCCUUCUUUUCUCUUCCUCAUUUUCUUUCUUUUUCUUCUUCUGCCUCCCGCCGGUGGUUGUCCUCGCCGUCGUUUCACUGGUCUUCGGCUUGUCGCGACGUUGACUUCACCGUCACCUCGUCACUCUCGACGCUCUACUGGGAUCCAUCUCAAUAUUUUAGGAGCUACUUUCUGUCAAAGAAGCAGUGAAGGAAGGAAAAAAUUCUGCCUUAAAUUGCCUCGUAGUUUCUUUGGGCCUUCAGAGGAAGCAGAAUGGUACGUCUGCAGCCUGAUCCAUUCCUCAAUGAACUUACCAAUAUGUUUGAGAGGACUACGGAAAAGGGGUCUGUGUGGGUUACAUUGAAGCAUUCUUCUGACAAGUCAAAGGUCCAAAGAAAUAAGAUGAAGACAGCGGGGGAGAAGAUUGAGUAUAAGUGCCUGAUUCGUGCGACGGAUGGCAAAAAGAAUAUUUCAACUAUGGUUGGCCCAAAGGACCAUCAACGCUUUCAGUCUAGUUAUGCAACAAUUUUAAAAGCACGAAUGACUUCCUUGAAGAAGCGCGAACGGAAGGAAAAGAAGAAAGCUGCGGAUUCUGAUAAAAAGCAAGACUCCAAGAAGAAAUCUUCUGCUGCCAAAACACCCAACUGAAGUAGAGUUUCUUGGGUCAUUUUUCUCUUCAUGAUGUUUAGACGGUAUGUGUUUUUUGAUCUAUAUCUUUCCAUUGAAUUUGAGUUCCCGCAUCGACAAAUCCUACAAGUUUUGUGAAUGAACUUCUUUCAAUACCUUACCUGUGAAAAAGGAUGUAUGCUUACAAUUUGUCACAUUUUUUCCUACACCAAAUGCGCUGCCAAUAUUAAUAAUUGUUUUUAUUUAAACUUAUGAAUGAAUAAACCAAGUAUCUGUUUCCAUUUUUUCAGUUU